UUUAUCACAAUAUAAUUAUGAUCAUUAUAUAAUAAUGCAGAAAUAUUCAUGGGUAUUAUAAUAUUUAUUAUAAAAAAACUUUUUGUAAUCAUCCGAAACAUAUAACGACUUGGUAAUUUUUUCGAUAACUUUAUGCGAUCGAAUAUCAAUCUGAAAAUAAGUUGAAAGAGAAUAAUCUUACUGUACAUAUAAUGAGAAUCAUUACAGAUUAUCGAUGCUUAUGGUUUUAAUCUACAAAUGUUUGUUGGAUGUCAUCGAACAAACUUUUUACCCAACAAAAAUUUGUGACCGACAAACGAUUAAUAAAUCAUGUAACGUCACACGAAUUAUGUUUUUGAUUUUUUAAAUUGGCAAUUUUGAUCCAACAAUCACCGAAAAGAGCUCAACAAACGAUUAACACUCGAAAAAGUCAAAUAUCCAAAAUUAUUCGGCCAAGUUCAUUUUUACAUUUAUCAACAAACGGUUUCCUAACUCGUCAGACGCACGAGUAGAAAAAUUGAUAUAAAAAAAAUAGCAUUGCAUAUUGUGUAUCAUGCACUCAUCAACAUCUCAACAUCAAACGAUCCCCAGUGGUCGUCGAGAGUACAUGCGUACUCGAGAGAGCCUCCACGCGAAGACGUCACGAAUGUUUGACCUGUCUCGAGAAAUGUGUGGUUGACUUUUUGUAAUUUUGUAAGUAAACGGGUUAACGGUGUUUGUUAGUGUUUUCAAAGCAACUGGUCGGAAAUAAAAUUGGGUGUGCAAGAUGGAAUUAUUCCGUACCGAGACACAUUUCAUCUUUGUACGUGAAAGACACAAUUUAUGGUGUGACAGAUUCACUGGUGAAUUGUCAGCAAAAUCAGAUUGGGAAUGGGCCUCUGCAACGAAUUUGGAAUGCCUUGGUACACUUCACGGUAUAAUUGGAAAAAUCGAGGAGCCGUCAGUAAUGGAGCCACGAUUGAUGUUGAUAAAAGAAGUUUCGUCGGUGGGUGAACUGCACGGUGGUCGAACAGUCUAUAAAAUAAAAUCCGUCGCAUUCCUCCAAAUUGGUUCGGACAAUGCAGACCUUGGAUUACAGCCUUGCAAAAAACACCAAAGUCUACCAAAAAAAACUUUUCAAACUGGUCUAUUUGACGUUCCACAAAAAGCAGGAUUUGCCAAAACAUGGGGAACUAUCAAAAGUGCUGGAAACACUAUAAAAAAUACUACUCAGCAAGCUGCUGCAAUGGCCACGUCUCAGGUGAAAUCAACCGUCAUCAAAAGAGGUGGUCUAGCAAAGGAUAAGGAAAAAUUGGAGCGUAGGAUACUUGAGGAAUUGACAAAAAUUUUUACAGAAACGGAUUCAUUUUUUUUCUGUCAAAAUGGCGAUAUUACGAAUAGUUUGCAAAGACAGUGUGCUUAUAAAAAGAGUCGUCUUAAUCAUGGAGAUCAAGAGGAGCCCAUCUGGAAAAGAAUCGACGAUCGAUUUUUCUGGAACAAACACAUGUUGCAGGACAUUAUUGAUUUGAAAACGGAAGCAGCUGACGGUUGGAUAUUACCGAUCAUCCAAGGCUUCGUUCAAAUUGAGAAGUGUAAAGUCGAAGUUGGCUUCGACGGACAGCCACAGUACGAAAUUUUUAAUUUGGCUAUCAUCUCGAGAAGGAGCCGUUUUCGUGCUGGUACCAGGUACAAACGAAGAGGCGUUGACGAAGAUGGAAAGUGUGCCAAUUACGUUGAGACCGAACAGUUGGUUUGGUAUCACGAUCAUCAGGUUUCAUUCGUGCAAGUCCGUGGUAGUGUUCCAGUGUAUUGGUCACAGCCAGGAUACAAGUACAAACCCCCACCAAGAAUCGAUAAAGAUGAAGCGGAGACCCAAGUGGCGUUUGAGAAACAUUUUUCUGAAGAAAUUGCAACUUACGGUCCGAUUUGCAUAGUAAAUUUGGUGGAGCAGGCUGGCAAAGAGAAAAUAAUUUGGGACGCUUACAACAAUCACUUGAUAAACUAUAACAAUCCUGAAAUAACGUACACGACUUUUGAUUUUCACGAGUAUUGCCGUGGAAUGCAUUUUGAAAAUGUAUCGAUACUCGUAAGCGCUCUCGAAGGAAUUCUCAGUGAAAUGGGCUAUUGUUGGCACGACGAGCAAGGUCCUAUAUGUAUGCAGAAAGGAGUGUUUCGAGUAAAUUGCAUCGACUGUUUGGAUCGCACGAACGUGGUGCAAACGGCGCUUGGAAAAACAGUGAUGGAAAUGCAAUUUUCAAAACUCGGUCUCAUUCCUCCCGAUGGCACGUUACCCACGAAUAUUCGACAAACUUUUCAGUUACUUUGGGCCAAUAAUGGGGACAUUAUAAGCAAACAAUAUGCAGGAACGAACGCCCUCAAGGGCGAUUACACGAGGACGGGAGAGAGAAAAUUCACGGGCUUAAUGAAGGACGGUGUGAAUUCGGCGAACAGAUAUUAUUUGAAUCGUUUCAAGGACGUGUAUAGACAAGCCAGCAUCGAUUUGAUGCUUGGCAAACCAGUCAGUGAAGACAUGUUCCAAGAACGUACCGAGGAAGAGGACAAUGCCGCUACCGCUUUUCAUGUCAAAUUGUUAAUCGAAGAUUGCAAAAAAUUGUUGAUACCCGAUCCGGAAAUUAUUUUGGGCAGUUGGGGUCUCAUCGACGCUGAUCCUGUAACUGGCGAUCCGAGUGAGACGGAAAUGGACACGAUAUUGAUUUUGACGAGGGACAGCUACUGCGUCGCUGAUUACGACGAUCAAAUUGAUAAAGUUACCAAUUAUCAGAGGGUCUCGUUGAACGAUAUGGUUAUGAUCGAAUUUGGACAGCCUGAAACUGGCGUUUCCUUAUUCAAAAAUAAACAACAUCAUUGCAUCAGAAUAAACUACAAAAUAUCUUGCGAAUAUGGCUACUUUCACAUGUUUCGGAGCACGAAUUUACGAUUCUUCAACAACAUGGCUGUUGUGAUAAAAACCGAAGAAGAAACGAUAGAAUCUUUAAAAGCCAUCUGCGAAGCUUUCUCCGUAGCUGUGGAAAUUGCAGGGUUGCCAAAAAUACCAAUAGCGAUGAACGUUAGUUUGGACAAGAGAACCAGCAAGACAGUGAACGUUAAAGGAUCGACGGGUCUUUUGGACAUUUCUUCGUUCCCACAAUUGACGCGGAACGUUUCGGAAACGCAAUUGUUAGCUUUAAAAAGUGCAGGUACGAAAGCUCUGACCAACAUGUCGGAACAGUUCAGCAGGCUAAACAAAUUUGGUCACACGAUAGCUGGAAAGAAAAGCAGUGAUUCGGUGAAAGCUGAUUCGAAUUUGGAAAAGAAAAAGCCAGUGGACGUUAAAACAGGAGGAAAGCCAUUGUUCACAGUGGGCAAUCGUGACAUCGAGGGGAAUAGAAAAUCACGGAGUAACAGUGGCAGUAGUACAAGCAGUCACGAUUUCAACGAGGUGCAUCGGGGCUCGAGCGAGCUGGAAGAAUCUUUAAUGGCUUCGAACUUGAAACUGGUUGAGACGAUCGGCGAUUUGGAUAAUUUCAACAGUUUCAUCGACAAAGAACAUCCGCAGGAUCGUUCCUUCGGAGUUUUGAAUUUGCUGCAGCCGAGUGACGCGGACAAAAGUAGUUCAAUGGGACAAAUCGAUCGAGCUGGAGCAACGACUCCAGAAAUAACGAUCCAAGGUGUCGGCGAUUCGAUUAUUUACGAUGAGAGGGAAAAAGCCAUACCGCCUUCGAGUUUAAACUUACCGAAAAACAUAAGUCAUUCGACUGGCGAAGUCGAUAAUCGUAUUCCUGGAAGAUUGGGCGAAGAUAUUCGUGCCCAAGCGGACGACGGUAAAUUGCACGACAAAAAACGCUCCAACUCGGAGCAAGACUUGGCCUCGAACAUAACGUCGUCCCAGAGCGAAUCCGCUCUCAGAUCCAUCAAAAAUAACGUUGCGAGUGUUGCCAGUCCCGUCGCGACGACAGCGAAAGAGAUACUUUCACCGUUCUCUAAAUUCGCCAAGGGCGUUCAGAGUUUCGGGGCUAAUCUCGACCCCAGGAAACUCAAAUCGGGUGGACAGGUUGGCAUGAUGAGAAAUCUGUCCGAACACCAUUUGGAUCAGAGGCAAAAGCUUCAGGAACGGUGGUCUGAUUGCAAAUCGCAUUUGAUCGCUUUGUAAGAAAUUAUUAGAGUUCAGGGGGAAAAUUGCCGGAAAAUCUUGUCGAAAAGCUUCAAGUUCUAAAACGCCACCUCAAAUUUAUGGAAUUUUGCCUGAAAUAACAACUUUCGAGUAGUUCUGUAGCUCCAACAAAAGUUUGCUUUCUCAAUCACAAACGUGUUCGCACCCAACGGACAUCAGAGUGCGAGGCCUUGAACGACGAAAACUUCGCAGGACAAAUUUGCCUCAGUCGACUUCAACGUGUAAUUAUCGUCUAAGCGAAUAUCGUAGCUUCGGAAAAUUCUAAAUAUGGCUGUCAAAUUUGACAGCUUUGUAAAGUAUUGCUAUAGAGUAUUAGCAGUUUUUUGCGAAAACGGUGUGUGUGCGAAUGCGUGUGUGCGUGCAUGCGAAAAGUGUAAAGUAAAUUUGCAUCGAAAAAUGCGCCGAGGAUGCAGUAACGUGUGGGAAAAUUUGAAGAGAUAUUUCUGUUUGUUUUAUUGUCGCCAAGUUUUUUAAGUGAACACACUGAAAAAAAUGCAAUUCGGAAUGAAAAAUUCUCUCGAUCUCUUUCGUUCGAAAAUUUUAUUACUUUCAAUACGUGACUGUAUCGCCGGCGCGUUUUACGAAGCUCGAGCGUCUUAAGCGCACGAAAAAAAGGUUCCGAAAGUCCCGGCGCUUUUUCACAUGACAUUUUUCUUAGUCUCGAAUUUUCCAAUUCUCAAAUUAUUUAUUUACAAAGUUCCUGUUUAAAAUCUGGCGCGUUAUCUGGAGAGAUAAAAUAGUAUGCAACGGAAAAUAUUCAAAAGUACAAUCACGAGUCAAUAUAUUCGGUCGAUAAGUUCGAUUCGAUAAAACCCGUAACGACGUUUGAAAAUGCGAGAGGAAAGAAAUCCAGCGCAGGUAGUUCGAACGUCGUCGUCUGGAAUCUUUUAUACGUUUGUUGAAAUCAACUUUAGAAUUGCGAUUUGCGAAGUACGCCCGCUUUUAUACACGUCGCUGUUUACAAUGUUCAAUAUGAAUUUUUCGAAACAUGCAACAAAUUUGGCUAACUUUCGUCAUCGUUUUAUAAAUAUAAUGUUUUACUCGGGUGUUUUGCUCUGAGGGACCACACACACCGACGAUCUAAUUUUGCGAAAAAAUCACGUUCAUCUAUACAUAAAACGAAGAAAAAAAGCCAAAGUUAGUUGAAAAAAGAUUUUGAAUGUUUAGCGAAUCUAGUUCCAACGUUGGUUGGAGGUUAAAUCAACACCAAACUAUAAGAGACAAGAAAGCAUAGACUCGUGUGUACUUAUGUGUAAAAAAUAUUGUAUAAGUGUGCCGGUAAAACGCGACAUGGAUUGUGCUCUCUGAAACAAAUCGAUACUUUCGAUUUUCCGUAACGAUUUAUCUUCAAGGAAUCAAUCGUCAUAAAUUUUGCCGUUUUCGGAUGUCCGGGUCUAUCGAAACUUAUCGAUUUGUUCUUGAAAGUGCAGUAUAACUCGGAGAAUAAACCUUUUAGUCAAUUAUGUACAUAAAAUAAUUGCCGAUAAUGUUUUAUCGAUUUCGCAAACAAUUAUGCCGACUUGUAUUAAUUAUUCCAUUAUUUAAAGAGUGGAAAAUUCAUUACUUGACUCUGGACAUGUACAAAAUUCGUGAUUUAUUGAUCGAAUGUCCAAUUAUAUAGCCACGGGAAAUUUCGUGUUUUUUUUCUCGUAAAAUGAAUUGUUAUUUUCAUUUGUGCUCCAGUUUUAAAGUAUUUUACUGCCGCUCCAAACAACUUUUAUUUUCUUUUAAUUUUUUAUCAUGCGUUAAUAGAAUAGUCGAUAAGUGCGAGUCGAAAAGUAUUGAACAGUAGUCUGUGAUCUUAAAUUAGUGAAUCAAUCGAACUCAAAUGUUUAAUGACAGAGUAUGAACGCUGUGGUUAAUCGUUACUCGUUUGAGAACACUCAAAAAGUUAAAUAGAAACCACUUCGAAGCUACUCGUUGUAAAUAAAUACUCAAGUACCGUUAAGUCAUUUGUUACUUCACUUCGAACACUGUUUUUUCAAAAAAAUGUGAUAAGUUUUAUGGAUGUGUCGGAUCAACAUUGAUAAAAAUCCCUCAAAUUUUUUACCAGAAAUUUCAAGUGAAAAGAAGUCGUCAGUUAAUAACUUAUUUUUUGAUCGUGAUGAUCAAUGGGAUUCUUUCAUAUGGAAAUAUGGAAACAAGGCAAAAUAAACCUUUCGAUGAAUCACAGCGUUCUGCGACGGUACAGAAUUCGAUUGAUGCUUUUGCACAUAUUCGCUUGCAAAUUAAAUAUUAAUUACAAGUGAUUAGUCGUUGUGACAAAAAAAAGAAAUGUUAAGAACAAAUUGUUGAGUCAAAUGUAUAAACGCAUUUAGAUUUAGUAGAGCAACAGAAAAAAGCGUUUUUCUAGUUCGUAGGGGGCUGUAAUUCCAGGCACCUCGUUCCCAUGUGCAAAUGUUUAUUGAUUCAAUGUUAAUAUAUUGAGUUAUCAUCUUAAGUAUCGGUGAUAAUAUAGUACGAUAUUCGAAUGCAAGCACGAAAUGCAAUAAAAAUAGAUCGAUGAAACAA